ACUACACAAGAAGUUGCAGUAAAGAUGGCUGCUAAACUUCACUUUUUCGUGACAUCUCUGACUUUGUUGAACCUUGCUGUAAUGACCAGUGGUCAUUGGAACAAUAAACCACCAAACCAAUGUGAAACGAGUGGUCCGUCGUGCUUUUCGUUGAUUAGGCCUUACCCCCGGGUGACGCUACAGGCCAAAAACAUCCUGCAGACGCCCACCUUUAAUUACGUUGCCGUGGUAACGCUGCGUCAACAAAACCUCCUGGGGUUCUUGGAGAAAGCUGCGGACUCAAACUACGGUUUCAGGUUCUCGUCGUCCUACUUCGGCAGCGCCCUCGGCUACAUGGUGGACAAGAUAAACGGCACCGCCGCCUCCACACAGAACCAGACUUUCUGGCAGAUCAGCAGCAACGGCGCUGCUCUUAACUGUGGUGUCUCCACCUACUACCCCAGGAACAACGAGGUCAUCCUCUUCAACUUCACCACCUACGCCAACGCCGGCCACGUGUGAGAGACAGCAGCUCACAUUCUCACUGACACCAUCAAUGUUUUCCCCAGAUCCUUUCUAACAAAUUAAUGAAAUUACCUUUCUAAGAUUACCUUUCUAAGAUUACCUUUCUAGGAUUACCUUUUGUAUGUCACUUAAU